GCGCCUUCACUCUCCAAAGGUGCCACGCCUUUCUCCUGACGUCACGUCGCGUCACACGGCCGUUCGGCGAGCGGGUCUCGGGCGCCGCCAUGUUACGUUACGGCGUCUAGCCGAGGCCCCGCCCAGCCGCAACGUCCCCGCAGGCGCCCAAGCGGGCGCCGCCAUGUUGGGGGUCCUCGCCGCGGGCGCGUAGGUGUCUUCAUAAGAUGCCGGCUCGGCGGUGGCGCCCGGCUUUUUCCCCCUCAAGAUGGCGUCAAUGCGGGAGAGCGACACGGGCCUGUGGCUGCACAACAAGCUGGGGGCUACGGACGAGCUGUGGGCGCCGCCCAGCAUCGCGUCCCUGCUCACGCCGGCGGUCAUCGACAACAUCCGCCUCUGCUUCCACGGCCUCUCGUCGGCCGUGAAGCUCAAGCUGCUGCUAGGGACGCUGCACCUCCCGCGCCGCACGGUAGACGAGAUGAAAGGCGCCCUGACGGAGAUCAUCCAGCUGGCCACCCUGGACUCGGACCCCUGGGUGCUCAUGGUCGCUGACAUCCUCAAGUCCUUUCCGGACACGGGCUCGCUGAACCUCGAUCUGGAGGAGCAGAACCCCAACGUUCAAGACAUCUUAGGGGAGCUCAGAGAAAAGGUGACCGAGUGCGAGGCGUCCGCUAUGCUGCCGCUGGAGUGCCGGUACCUGAAUAAGAGCGCCCUGACCACCCUGGCUGGCCCGCUGACCCCGCCCGUGAAGCACUUCCAGCUGAAGAGGAAGCCGAAGAGCGCCACACUGCGUGCCGAGCUCCUGCAGAAGUCUACCGAGACCGCCCAGCAGCUGAAGAGGAGCGCGGGGGUGCCCUUCCACGCCAAGGGCCGCGGGCUGCUCCGCAAGAUGGACACCACAACCCCGCUCAGAGGCAUCCCGAAGCAGGCGCCCUUCCGGAGCCCCGCCGCGCCCAGCGUCUUCAGCCCUGCCGGGAACCGGACCCCCGUCCCGCCCUCGAGGACGCCCCUGCGGAAGGAGAGGGGCGUGAAGCUGCUGGACAUUUCUGAGCUGGACAUGGUCGGUGCCGGGCGAGAGGCGAAGAGGAGGAGGAAGACGAUGGAUACGGAGGUGGUGGAGAAGCCAGCCAAGGAGGAGACAGUCAUCGAGAAUGCCACCCCCGACUAUGCGGCCGGGCUGGUGUCCACGCAGAAACUUGGGGCUCUGAGCAGCGAGCCCCCACUGCCCUCCACCAGCUACCUGCCCGCCACUCCCAGCGUGGUCCCGGCCUCCUCCUACGUCCCCAGCUCCGAGACCCCAGCAGCUCCUCCUUCCCGGGAAGCCAGCUUGCAGGCCAGCCGGCCGCCCGAGGAGCCCAGCACCCCGACGCCUGCCCUGCCAGCUCAGUUCAAACAGAGGGCGCCCAUGUACAACAGCAGCCUGAGCCCGGCCGCGCCCGCGCCCGCGCCCGCAGCGCCCGCCGCGCCCCUGACGCCCAGCACACCCCCCGCCGCCGCCCCCGCCACCCAGGCGCCUCCAGCGGCCAUGGUGGCCCCGCAGGCCCAGCCCCCCGCCCAGCCGCAGCCCAAGAAGAACCUGUCCCUCACGAGAGAGCAGAUGUUCGCUGCGCAGGAGAUGUUCAAGACGGCCAACAAGGUCACGCGGCCCGAGAAGGCCCUCAUCCUGGGCUUCAUGGCCGGCUCCCGAGAGAACCCGUGCCAGGAGCAGGGCGACGUGAUCCAGAUCAAGCUCAGCGAGCACACCGAGGACCUCCCCAAGUCGGACGGCCAGGGCAGCACCACCAUGCUGGUGGACACCGUGUUCGAGAUGAACUACGCCACGGGCCAGUGGACGCGCUUCAAGAAGUACAAGCCCAUGGCCAACGUGUCCUAGGGGCCGCCCCGACCUCCGCGGGCCCGCGGGGGGCUCCAGGGACGCCAGCGCUGUGGCCCUGCCGUCUGGCACGCGGCCAGGCUCCGGCCUGCUUACUCUUUAGAUUCAGUUCUCCAGGGUGUUUUGAACUUGUUUUUUAAAUUUUAAUAUGGGUUACUUUUUGUGUGAUCUAAGACACUUUUUUGGAUUCAAUAUUACAUUUUUGGAUGUUAAAGUUAACCAAAAAAGUUAAAACUUCCUAAUUUUAGUGACAGCUCUGCCUGGUAGACUUUUACCUUUUUUAUUUUUCUUAAAUUCUGGCCACGAGGGAGGGGCUCUCCCCACCCGCGAGGCCGAGGGGACCAAAGGUGGGCCCAGUGGGGCUGUGAGCAGCGUGGCGGACGGCUACCGCGGCCGAGCCCCAGGCCCCGCUAGCCGUCCGGACGGUGCCGCGCGCCGCAGAGGAAGCCCCUGGGCUGGGCCUUGGGCCGGCUCGUCCUGGGGGCGGGGGCAGCGCCGCCCUCCUGACCACCUCCCCGUUAAUGGGGAUUUGGAACCAACGUAUUUUUAAAAUUAAAUUUUUUUCC